AGCAGCCGUUAACCAGACCUCCCGCCCGCCCUCCUUCUGGUGCCUCCGCGGCCCCAGGUUCCGCACAAGUUUCCGCCGCCGAAAAAGCAGGAGGCGAAGGCGGGGGAGGACGGACUAGGGGAGUCGUACGCCCCCGGCCCUCCCGCCCGCUAUGUGGGGGCGCUUCCUGGCCCCGGAGGCCGGCGGCCGGGACAGCCCCGGCGGAGCCCGCAGUCUCCCGGCGGGCCCAGAUUAUUCCUCAUCAGCAUGGUUACCUGGUAAUGAGUCAUUGUGGCAGGCCACAGCUGUUCCAUCCAACCAUCGAAAUAAUCAUAUCAGGAGACAUAGUAUAACUUCUGACAGUGGUGACACCGGCAUUGGAACUUCUUGUUCUGACAGCGUGGAAGAUCAUUCAACCUCAAGUGGCACAUUAUCUUUUAAGCCUAGUCGGUCGUUGGUUACUCUUCCUACUGCCCAUGUCAUGCCGUCUAACUCCAGCGCUACAGUUUCCAAACACAGGGAAUCAUUGACGUCAGAUGGCUCAAAAUGGAGUACUAGCCUCAUGCAAGCAUUGGGAAACCACAGUAGGGGAGAACAGGACUCUUCACUAGACAUGAAGGACUUCCGGCCCCUCCGGAAAUGGUCAUCUUUAUCCAAACUCACUGCCUCGGAUAACUUCAGCCAGGGUGGCAUUGUACACACGGAAGAGUCAAGGAGUGGUUUGGAAAAGACAGGGAGAGGCAAGGUUUUAACCUCGCAACUAAGAACAAUUGGGCCUAGCUGCUUACAUGAUAGUAUGGAGAUGCUUAAACUAGAAGACAAGGAAAUAAAUAAAAAACGAUCGUCAACUCUGGACUGCAAAUAUAAAUUUGAGAGCUGUAGCAAAGACGACUUUAGAGCUUCCUCCUCCACCCUUAGGAGACAGACCUUAGACAUGACAUACAGUGCCUUACCUGAAAGCAAGCCCAUUAUGACAAAUGCAGAGGCUUUUGAACCUCCGAAAUAUUUACUGCUUGGUCAACAGGCAGUAGGUGGAGUCCCCAUUCAACCUUCUGUGAGGACACAGAUGUGGCUUACGGAGCAGUUGCGGACAAACCCGUUGGAAAAUAGAACUACAGAGGACUCUUACAGUUUAGCUCCUUGGCAACAGCAGCAAAUUGAAGAGUUUCGACAAGAAAAUGAAACACCAGUGCAGGUUUUGACCGGAUCCUCUCGUCAAAGUUAUUCACCUUCUGGCUAUCAGGAUUUCAGUAAGUGGGAAUCAGUGCUGAAAAUAAAAGAAGGACUGCUAAGGCAGAAAGAAAUUGUAAUUGAUCGGCAGAAGCAGCAAAUUAGCCACUUACACGAGAGGAUAAGGGAUAAUGAAAUACGGGCACAACAUGCCAUGUUAGGACAUUAUGUGAACUGUGAAGAUUCUUUUGUGGCUAGUUUGCAGCCACAGUAUGAGAACAGUUCACUCCAAACUCCAUUUUGUGAUCAGUCAGUAUCCCAUUCCCAGCAAGAGGAACUUGAGCAAAAGCUUGCAUCUACUGAAAAAGAGGUUUUACAGCUCAACCAGUUUCUCAAACAAAGAAUAAGCCAAUUUAGUGAAGAAAAGAAGAAACUGGAGGAAAAGUCUAGUUUCCUUCCUGUUUCUGAAACACUGUUACCACUACAGAUUAGUUUUGAAUCUUCUUGGUCUUCAUAUAAAUGGAGUCAUACUCUUAAAACCAGAGAUAGAUAUAUCAGUAGCCUGAAAAAGAAAUGUCAGAAGGAAUCCGAACAAAAUAAAGAAAAGCAGAGAAGAAUUGAGACCUUGGAAAAGUAUCUGGCUGAUCUUCCAACUCUAGAUGAUGUACAGAGUCAGAGUCUUCAGCUUCAGAUUCUAGAAGAAAAAAAUAAGAAUUUGCAAGAGACUCUGCUGGAUGCAGAAAAAAAGCUUGAAGAGAUCAAAAAACAGUGUCAAGAAAAAGAGGCACAACUAAUAUGCCAGAAAAAGAAAGAAAAGGAGUUGGUAACUACAGUUCAGAGCUUGCAGCAAAAAGUAGAAAGAUGCCUUGAAGAUGGAAUUCGCCUUCCCAUGUUAGAUGCAAAACAGCUUCAAAAUGAAAAUGAUACCCUGAGAGAACAAAAUGAGAAUGCUAGUAAGAUAAUAGACAGCCAACAAGAUGAGAUUGAAAGAAUGAUUUUAGAAAUUCAGUCUAUGCAAGGGAAGCUUUCUAAAGAAAAAUUGACUACUCAAAAGAUGAUGGAAGAGCUGGAAAAGAAAGAAAGAAACCUACAGAGAUUAACAAAAACAUUGCUUGAUAACCAAAGACAAACAGAAGAGACGUGCUCUUUAUUGGAUCAAGGCCAGGAAGGAGACCAAUCCAGGCAGCAGACAGUACUCACUAAAUGGCCACUAUCUGAUUUGAGUGUGAUUGAUCAGCUGUUCAAGGAAAUGUCCUAUUGUUUGUUUGACUUGAAGGCAUUGUGUAGUAUUCUUAAUCAGCGUGCUCAGGGCAAGGAGCCUAAUCUUUCCUUAUUACUGGGAAUCAGAUCAAUGAACUGUUCAGCUGAAGAGACUGAGAAUGACUACAGCCCAGAGACACUCACUAAAAAAUUGUCAGAUGUAUGCCAGUUACGGAGGGACAUUGACGAAUUAAGGACUACAAUAUCAGACCGCUAUGCUCAGGACAUGGGAGACAACUGCAUUACCCAAUGAUCAACUAUUGGUCCCACAGCAAUAAUGACCCAUUGUUAAAUGCUGCUGUGUUACAGUUCUUCAUAUUUCCUUUUAGGAGCCAUAAUGGAAAGUCACAAGUGACAUAUCGCUUACACAUAGGAUUUUUUUCCGUAAAUUUGUUUUAUUGGGGUGAGAAAGGGGAUUUGAAGAGGUUUCAAAGGGGCUCAUCUAAUCAGGCCAAAAGAAUGACUUACUAUUUGAAAAAUGUGAUAAAGUGUUUAAGAAAAAAAAAAAAAAAAUCUGUAUUCUCAAACUACUGAUCAUAGGACCAAGCUGUGAAGAGUGCCCUUCAGAUAAUGGGGUAGGAUUUUUUUUUAUCUGUAAUUGUGUGUGUGUGUGUGUGUGUGUGUGUGUGUGUGUGUGUGUGUGUAUGUGCGUGCGCACGCGUGUGUGCGUGCAUGUGUGUUAUUCACAAAAUUAUAAGGAUUUCUAGGGUCAAAGCAAAGCUUCUAAGAAAGGCACACACUGUUUAUUCUUGUAUUUCUUUUCUUUCAUGUAGAAGCUUGUGUUGUACUUUGGGGUUUUCAAGGGCUGGCUGAACAAGAGUAUUCAACAGGAGGCAAGUGUUUUAAUAGUAGUACAGCUGGCAAAACCAUUUGUAUUUUGAACAACCACUGUGCUGAGAUGAUGAGGUUGUGGGAUUGGGUUGAUUUUAGUACUGUAGAUAGGUCAGCUAUUUUUCCAGAGUGAUUGUGGAUUGCCUUAGAGGUAUGAAAUUUUGAUGUGAUGAUCUUUUUCAUUAGCAUUGUAAUUUAUAUAUCACAAGGCAUUUUAACAUAAUCUGAACUAAUUUUAACAUGUCCCUUACUAUUUACAAUUACUAUUUACUUACAUAUAUCAAUGUAAACAAAGCCAUAAAGAAUUAAUGCAAACCUUCUAAGGCUGUUGUAAAAGAAGGAUUAACUGAAAAGUCACUCUGGAACAGUAGUUUAUUUAUCCAAUUCUCAAACGUUUACAUUUCAGGAGUUUUGUAUAUGUUUUAAAGUUUUAAAACAUAAAGUAUAUGUUUUAAGAAAAGCCAGUCUGUAUUCUUUAUAUCUGAAUUAUCACUAACAUAAAAUUUAAACCAGGUGAUGUUUCAAUUCCAUUUAUUAAGUAAAGUACAUUAAAAACAGGGUUUUUCAUAGAAUACAAACUUGACCAGGUUAGUUCUUCUUCAGGAAUACAGGAUAUCACUAUGAAAUGCAACUGAUUGUUAAGUAGACACAAUUAUUUAAACUUCCAAAUGAGUAUAUUACUGUUUUAGUUGGUAUUUUGGAAGGACUAUGUAUUUUAAUGCCUUUAGAGCAUUUAUUGCAUUCUUUUGAAUACUUAUAGCAAUCAUUGUCCUUUAAAAACUGGUUUGUUUUCUUGAUGCAACCAGGUCUCAUACAGGUCAAGACUAAAUAAGAGAGAGAAGGAAUAAGGGGUGGUAAUCAAGCAGGAAAAUACUGUUUGGGGCAAGAACAGAUCAUGUGUCUGGUUUUUGUUUUGUUUUGUUUUGUUUUGGGUUUUUUUGCCAGGCUUAAAUACUGGUAUAAAGGCUGCUCCUAGAAAAGAUUUUUCUUAAAUAUUUUCAGCAGUGAAAACAUAUGUGGGAUAAGAACUUCAAGGAAACUGCCCACGAAGACAUUCAGUUCAAAAUUUGGCUUAUAUGCAGUGCUCAGUAAGUUAUUUUAAGGUUAUGUUGCAACAGUCAGUUAUAAUACAUUGUAAGGACAUCAGACUUUGUUUCUGUUCAGUGCCUGAGUAUUCCUUACUCUUGCUUCUUAGGAUCUGGGCACUAAGAAAUCAGUGCAUUAUAGUGAUUCUGCAUCCCAAGGUCCCUAACUUAAUAAGGAAAAGUCACUGGUAAGAACGUGGCAUUCUAAUGUGUUCAUUUGUUUUCUUAAUGUUGGCGGUUUGAAGACAAUCAGGGAGCAGUAAAGUUAUACCAAAAAUCUGAUGCAAAGAAUUCUGCCUUGUAAAAGUAUCUAGAAAAAUGGGCCUUUACAGUAAAAUAGAUAAUAACAUCUGAGAAAGAUAAGAGAUAUGCAGCACACAUUUUUACAUUCUCUCUGAAUAGAAAUCCCUACCCUUAUCCCCAGCCUCCACGGUUUGGGAAAUAAAGGCACCCUAAGGUGAUAGUGCUAAUGCACAUAAGUAAUCACUGAUUUGGGUCACUCGGUUCUUAAUGUCUUUGAGGUUUUUUAGUAUAUGUUUUGGGGUUUUAUGGUUAUUGUUGUUUUAAACAAACUUUUGGUCAUUUGUUUUAAUAUACUGUAGAUACAUUUUUGUUUUCUGGCUUAGGAUAAAAUAAUUUGAUUUUUUCAACAAGUUUUCUAAAACUUACAGAAUUUGACUUAAUUUACUUGUCUUGAGAUAAAAAUGUUUUAACUUAGUAAAAAAUUGACAAACUACUGAUGUAUUUCAGUUUCCAACAUGUAUACUCCCCCAUAAAUAAAAAAGGGAAAUAAGAUGUGAUAGUUCAGGUAUAACUCUGAAUUACAAAAUGUAAUCUCUUGGAGUCUGGAGUUUGUGAAGGGACCUAAAUAAUAAGUAGAAAGCCUUGGAGGGAAUUGGGGGUGGGGGGGGUAAUGAAACUAGUAGUAGUCUAAUUUGUCAGCAUUUAAUUUUGAUUUUAUUUUUCAGAAAAUUGCCCUCUCCCUAGAUAACCUCUUGUGUUAGAAUGUAGUAAUAGUGAUAUCUCAUUGAAAGCAAAGAUUUUACUAUUAGGUCAAGUAAGAUGGGCAGAUAGAAAACACUGUAGUGUCUUAUCCUAGUUUAAAACUGGGAUGUUCUUAGAAGUUAUUAUACUGAUAUAUAUCUGAGAUGAAAAUUAACCUAAAUUUUGAAGUUAAAUCUAUUUGAAAAUUUCCUUAUAUGUGAAAAAAUUUUAAUUAUGCUUCUGUGAAUUAAAUGCUUAUCUUCUUAGGAAAUGUCUUAUGCAGUAUUAACAUUUAUUAUUGAUCUGCUGGGUUUUGAAGUUGAGUUUAUUCUGCCCCAGUGACACUAAAGCAAGGAUAAAGUAACAGUAUCUCAAUAAAAGACCCAGUUACCUAUGCAGAUAAAAUUAACUGAAUCAAAGGCACAGUAGUUGUCUUUUCAUUUGAUGUCCAAAAAGGAUGACUUUAGUUUAACUUAGUAAAUUUUCAGUGGCCUCUAAUUUUAAAAGCUCAAGUGUUGACUGGGUAAGUCAUGCCUGAAUUUUUUUUAAGUGUGGCCCCUUCUUAUGUUUGAAAUGGGGUUCAAUAUUUAAUAUUAACAAUAUUGUUUUUUAGUGAAACUUAUUUUGGUCAUGACAGCUUAUUAAACUGAAUUAGACUUCUUUCAGUAACUUGUUGGAGACAAUCUCAAGGGCCGGAAAGUGUUGCUAAAAUGGAUAUUGUACAUUUCUGACUCACUAAUGAGCUUAUAAGUUAAUUUUGUCAUAGUUCAAGACAUUAAUAGAAAUCUCUUAGAGGAUAUUUUCAAAGAAAUCUGUAUUGGGAAAAUGUUCUUUCGAUAUCAGUAAUAGUUCAUUGAAUAACUUAGCAGCGGAGAACUUGGACUAUAUUUUUACAUAGCAUAGCUCAGCUCAUGCACACCUUUAGUUUGGAUUAUUGGUAUUCUUUUAUGUAAAUUUAUAUCAUUGUAGAUAUGUAAUUAUAGUAAGAAGCCAUUCUCAUAACCUUGCUCAGACUAUAUCAUUUGAAACUGCCAGUAGCUGUAGCUCUCAGAGCCAAAGUUAAUUCAUUUUGUUUCUUUCCAUUUUGGGCAAAUUUUGGUGUUCACAAAAUGAGAAAAAUGAUUUCCUAUUUGAUUAUAAAGAGUAUAAUUUCUAACCUACCCCAAGUUGCCAUGGUGGCAUAUUACUGUAUGAUAAUAUUAUACAUUUAAUCAUGAAGGGGGAGAGCUUUUGGAUUUUUAGAAUUUUCUUAUUUAAAAGUAUUGAGUAUAUUAAUGUAGUUUCAAAUCAGUAAUUCAUUAACAACACUUGCAGUUGCAUACAGAGAGAACCUUUUGUGCCUUUUUGCCUGCAGUAAGCAUUCAUUUCUAUUUUACAUGAGUUAUAAGAAUGUUGAUGAUUAUUGCACCUUGUUCUUCUGUAAACAGACCUGAUUAAGGAUUUUUUCUUAAGCAAGGAGCAGUUUUUCAUUACUAGGUAAAUACUUUAGGAAACUUGAGAGGAGGGUAUCGGAUACGUCUUUGGAGCCCAGCCCUUUCCCAGUCUAGUGAGCAGGAAACUCCUUCGGAAUGUAGUUAUUUGUGUGUAUAUGUGUGUACAUAUGUGUAUAAAUAUUUAAAUACAGAAACAUAAAAUUUGGCAUCACAUUGGUGUGAUGACAAGAAGUAGUAAGGUGCUAGGUGGUUACAUUAAAAGCACAGCAGAGUGUAUAAUCAGUCACUGUGACUGGUGGUUUUGUAAACUAGGUUCAGUUUUUGAACCACCCAGAAUACCUCAUGUGUAAAUAAAAUGGUCAUGACUUAAUUGAAAUACAGUUAUUGUAAAGAGAAUGUGAAGCCACUGGUUGGCUUAUGCCUUCUGAUCUAUCAUUCUUGCCUCUUUUUUUGUAAAGGGGUUUUUUUGUUUUUGUUUUCUAAUAGGGUUUACAGCUAGAAUUUUGAAUGCCAAAGUUCUAUUUAUUAAAUUAAAAAAAGUUUUCAAUGUUAAUGGCUAAGUAUUUUUCCACUGGACUAUUGUUUGUGAUGUUGGAAUUUGUUUUUACAGAGAAAUAAAUUUUUUAUAAAACGA